UAGCUUGGCUGGAGGAAGGAUCGUUGCCGGGAGCAACCUGCGGCCACGUGGACCGGCGAGUAGGGGAGAGCGGAGUCGGGGAGACCAGGGAGGGCGGAGGCUACACCUGCGGCGAGGGCGAGCGCUUCGGCGGCGGGGCUUAGAGCCCCUUGAAGAUGCCUGCUGUUUGUGAUUCUUUCCUUGAUGACAUUGAAGAUAUUGUGUCUGCACAAGAUCCAAAGCCACAUGACCGGCAAUUCAGGAAAGAGAGCAUUAUUCCUAAAGUGCGAAAACGCAAUUCACAAAAGAAUGUAGAAGCAGAUGAGGAUCCCCCAAGUGACAGUAUUAUUCCUGGUGUACAAAAAAUCUGGAUACGUACGUGGGGAUGUUCUCAUAAUAAUUCAGAUGGAGAAUAUAUGGCUGGGCAGCUGGCUGCAUAUGGAUACAAAAUUGCAGAGAAUGCUGCAGAAGCAGACUUGUGGCUGUUGAACAGCUGUACUGUAAAAAGCCCUGCAGAAGACCACUUUAGAAACUCAAUUAGGAAAGCACAAGAAGGAAAAAAGAAAGUUGUUCUAGCUGGAUGUGUUCCCCAAGCCCAGCCUCGGCAGGACUACCUUCAAGGCCUGAGCAUUAUCGGGGUUCAGCAGAUAGAUCGCGUGGUGGAAGUUGUUGAGGAGACUAUCAAAGGUCACUCUGUGCGAUUUCUGGGUCAGAAAAAGGAUAAUGGAAAACGGUUAGGGGGAGCUCGAUUGGAUUUGCCAAAGAUUAGAAAGAACCCACUGAUAGAAAUAAUUUCCAUCAAUACAGGGUGUCUCAAUGCGUGCACCUACUGCAAAACUAAACAUGCCAGAGGGGACCUGGCAAGUUAUCCUGUUGAAGAACUGGUAGACAGAGCCAAGCAGUCUUUUCAAGAAGGGGUAUGCGAGAUAUGGCUGACCAGCGAAGACACUGGGGCUUAUGGGAGAGACAUUGGCACAGACCUUCCUACUCUCCUGUGGAGGCUGGUUGAAGUGAUCCCUGAGGGAGCAUUGCUGAGAGUUGGCAUGACAAACCCUCCCUAUAUUUUAGAGCAUCUGGAGGAAAUGGCAAAAAUUCUCAAUCAUCCAAGAGUCUAUGCUUUUCUUCAUGUACCGGUCCAAACUGCCUCGGAUAGUAUAUUGAUGGACAUGAAGAGGGAAUAUUGCGUGGCAGACUUUAAAAGGGUAGUUGACUUCCUUAAAGAAAAAGUGCCUGGAAUAACAAUUGCUACAGACAUUAUUUGUGGGUUUCCAGGGGAAACAGAUGAAGAUUUUCAAGAAACCAUGAACCUUGUAGGAGAAUACAAGUUUCCGAGUCUUUUUAUUAACCAGUUUUACCCACGCCCUGGGACUCCUGCUGCAAAAAUGCAUCAAGUUCCAGCCCAAAUAAAAAAACAAAGAACGAAGGAACUAUCCCAAUUGUUUCAUUCAUACAACCCAUAUGAUCACAAGAUUGGGGAAAGACAGAAAGUUCUUGUUACAGAAGAAUCAUUUGAUUCCAAGUUUUACGUUGCUCAUAAUCGAUUCUACGAGCAGGUCCUCAUCCCAAAGAACCCUGAAUUCAUGGGUAAAAUGGUAGAAGUGGACAUUUAUGAAGCAGGGAAGCACUUUAUGAAGGGACACCCAGUUUCAGAUACUCAAGUGUUCACGCCAUCUAUCACCAAGCCAUUCGCCAAAGGAGAGGUUUCUGGUUUAACAGAGGAGUUCAGACAUGCACUGAAGAAUGGCUCAGAAUCAAAAGCUUGUCCAUCUGCUGAGAAGCAAAAAGUACCAUUGAGCCACAGGAUGGUGAUGCGGUUACCUUGGCAACAGGGGGGAAGUGUACUGAAGAUCCUGUCACUAAGCGUGGCUCUCCUGGCAGUUCUUAUUGCCUUUUACUAUGGAGGUGUUUAAGUGGAAUGCUGAACUGAAUGGUGAUAUCAAGAAAUAUAACAUUUUGACUGAAAGCCUCUGAGGAAAAAGUUGGAAAAUAAUGUAUCCGCCAAAGCCUUACCUUUUAACAACAACCUGGAUGAGACUCUUCUGCAUUGGUAAAAGUACCGUAGUUAUUUUUUCAAGAUCAGGGUAUCAGUUUGUACAAAAGACUUCCACAUCUUCGAUAUUUACAAAAUGUGGCUAUCUCUUAUUAUAUACAUAUACCAUUUUCAUACACCCAUAGGUGAAAGAUUUCAGAAAAUUAAGUUAUGUAAGUAUUUUCCUUAAUGCAAGUAAUAGAUAAUUUCCUUCUAUUGUAAGCAUUUUAAACCUUAUUAAACUCUCUUCUAUGCCUCUUGAAA